UCCACUCCCCUUUACGAAUAUAUUCUUUAAUGAAGUCUCCAGUGUUCCUUUUCAGAUGCACGGCGCCAACCAUGAACUAACAACCAACUGUGAAUAUAAACGGUCUCGGCGCUUAGAACACUAGUAGCGAGAGGGCGUGGCUUAUGCUGUUCUGAGUGUAACAGUGCUGCCGGAGUGGCGAGUGAGUCCGAAGUUCGGUACUGCUGGCGGUGUUGAAGAAAAUUUAAUUUGGUGCUCACCGAGAGAAGAGCUUAGCUGCCCGCCCGGCACGUCAUCAUCGCCAGUGAGUGCGAAGAGGAAGUGCCUUCAGCGAGCUGCUUUCCUUUUCUAACUCUUAAUCUCCUCGGACUGGCGCGGUGGAACUCAGGGUCCGGGCAGCCACCGGAGAUUAGGUGGACGAUGGGAUUCGGUUGGGUAAAGAUGUGCGAAGUCCUGGCGCCGUCAUGUGUGUGAAGCCUGAGCACUAUGGCCUCCUGGGAUUUGUCUAGGAAGAAGGAAAGCAUGGAGGCUGCAGGGCGCUACUCUUCUGCCUCCGUGGAGUCCGACAUUUACCGCAGCCUCCAGGCGGUGCUCCGUGAGCUGGACUGCCAGCAUCCCGCCUCCGUGUCCAACAAAGGGAUGCUGAGGUGGACUCUGCACAAGAAGGUCCAGAAUAACCCUUCAAACUGCGCCUCUUUGGUGAAGGUAGCGGUGAAGGAGCUGGAGAGAGCAGAGAGGGUGGACUGUAAAAUCCUCAUAAUUCCCCUGUUGCAUACGCUCAUGUAUGCUGUCAUACAGGCGGCCUACAUCCUAGACGACCUGUACAAGAGGGUGUACGACUUCUGCAAGCGGCUGCUGACCCUGCCCCAGCCGUACUGCACCGUGGGCCUCGGCUACGCCCGGAGCGUGAAGAAGGAACGCGCCGCGCCAGGUGCUUUGUACCAGAGGAUGCUCCUGGCCGAGCAGAGACUGAAGAGCGAAUACUGUCCCCUCCAAGAGAAGCUGUUUGUGUUCGCGGACCCCGCCGUCCUCUCCGGCCCGCUGGGGGCCGCCGUCAGAGAGGACGUGGAGCUGGGGGGCUCGUACCGCGGCCCCCUGGCGCACAUGCGCAGCGCGGUGCAGCACACCCUGCAGGCGGCCCUGGGGGAGGACUGCCACGGACCCGCGCUCGCCCAGGCACUGCAGGACGUGGGCCAAGACGUCGAGCCGUACUUCCAGGAAGUGGUGGCGACGGUGGAGCAGUUUGCCGAGGAAGCAGGGGCGGAGUCCGGCCGCUACACGUCCAGGCUGCGGCAGCUCUACGGAGAGAUCCUCGCCGCUGCCGGUCAAGAUCCUCCGUUGUCCCGAGGAUCUGUGAGUGACACCCCGCUUCCCAAUCCGGAGAUCAGCUUCCACCUCUGGAGGGACGAGGAGGAGCUCUGGCGGGAGCUGGCCAAAUUCGUGCGCCCCUGCUCCAGCGAGCGCUGCUCGCUCUUCCAGGACGACUUCGAGAUGGCCGACUUCCCCGCGGACAUCUGCCUGGAGAUGCCCCGCUACUCCGUCAUGUCCACGGACAGCGGGAUCGAGAGGGACCUGCCGCCGGGCGAGCUGGCCGGCGGCGGCGCCGGCUCGCUGGAGCCCCCUGCUGGCGGGGCCGAGCAGGAACAGGCGCGGCUGGGCCGCCGGGGCGGCUUCAAGAUGAGGCCCUCGGCUUCGGACAGCGCGGCGCUCAUGCAGGACGCGCCGGAGGAGUCGGGCGCGGGCGGGACGCUGCAGAGGAAGGCGGGGAACAGCGACAACACCCCGUUCCCGAAACCGCAGCGCCAGUUCACCGCGCGCAUCGUGGUCAUGGGGGACGACCGGGUUCUGGGGAGGCUGGCCAAGGCCUACUACUCCCUCAGGAAGCGGGAGGCCAGGCGCCUGUUCCUGACGACGAAAGUGAACCUGCAGAUGUACUACGUCCCUGUGUCUGACGCGCCCGCCGCGACCUCUCCCGUCAAGGAACACCUUUCACCAGCGAAGACCAAUCCGUGCGCCCUGGCCGCAUACCUAGGAAGGGUCGAUCCCUGGUACGAGUGCAACAUCAACAGCCUCGGGUGCAUGAUUCCCAAGCUGGCCAAAAUGCAGCAGUCCUGCUCCAGCAGCAGGACGUCGGAGUCCAGCUCCUUCCUGACGGACGUCAUCUCGUACUACACACGCACCGGGGUGCAGCCGGUCUACUUCACCAUCUACUCUGUCAAGAUGUCCUUUUCCAGCUUGACCAAGGAGCCCGUGGAGGACGUGUUUGUGUCCCACCUGGAGGUGGACUUCCCCGAAUUUAAGCUUCUCCCUGCUGCGGUGAAAGAUGCUUCCGUUCGACACAGGAAGAACGUUGAAGAAAUAUGUGGAGCAGUUGUUUAUAUGAACUACAAAAAGGUCUCUUUAAGCAAUAGAGGAGCGGAUAAGGGAAUUUCACUAAAGACAACUGGAGUACACAUCAAUGCUGUUCCCUCUAAUGAAACAGAAGAUUUUGAUUGUCUUACUGUAACAGUCAAUGGCCCAAAAUUCAAACUUGGCAUGGCACCAAAGAUCCGAACCUGCCACAUUAAACUCAGGACCCUUGAAAACCGGACCUUCACUGUGUGUCUGGACAAAGACUCCCGCAGGACGUUCAAAGAUGUUCAGAGUAUUGAAGUGUCCCCGUGCCUGGACCCUGGGUACUGCGUUCAGAAGACGGCGAAGUCCAAGUUCAGUCUCCAGGAGGACACGGGGCUGAGCAAGUACAUCAGCAAGGGCCUACCUCUGCCAAUCAACACGUUCGCCGGCAUCAUACACUGACUGGAAGGGGCGGGGCGGAGGAUGACUCAUCUGGGGAAACUGACACGCGGCUUUGCGGUUGCCAUAGAUACGCGAAGCGCCCACCUCCCUUAGCUACUGGUGACGCGUCCAGGGGCUCAAGCCUGCUGCACUGACUGUAUCAGCUGUGGCUGCCAGUGGACUUUGCUUGUGGCCCACGGGAGAGAGAGCAAGCUGGCAGCUGUAAGCGUUUGGUACCUGAUCCAUUCCUGACGUCAAGAAUCAACUGGCUGCACAAAGUGUCGUGAUAUUUAAAUCUUAUGCUGAACGGAUACACCAGUUCCCCGUUGACCUGUACUGUUGAAAGCCGUUUUUUUUAAGCUGUCUCGUUGGGCCAGAGCUGGUCUUUAUGUGGUGAAGCUGCUGAACACACACACUUGUCGUCGUCCCACCUGCCCCCCCCCCCCCGCCCCCAGAGAGAAUGGGUCGACUGCAGUGCUGUUGCCUUAACCCAUCAUCUCUGUAAUGGAAAGUAUAGAGGCAGGGGUUUCCAUUAAGGAAGCGUCUGGUCUGGCUUCGCUUGGGAGAAAGCCCAUAGCCUUCAGGGGUCAGGAGGGGACAGGACACUGAAGCCACCAUUUUCCUUAGUUAUUUACAGCUUCACAACUAGAAACUGUACCCAUUUUAAUGUCAAGAAUUAUUGGUUUGGGGGAGGUCUCAUUUGGACUGCAAAAUCUGGUGUAUACGUAGUUCUAUGAGCACUUAAUGUGAAGAACUAAUAGGUUUAAAGAACUGGAGUGAUUUGCCAUCAUAAACAAUGCAAUCCUUCCUCCUUCAACUAAUGACAAUCUGUCCCCUGCCACCGGGUUUUCAUUAGUGCUGAGAAAUGCAACACCCUAUUGAAUGAAAAGAUGGCCGUCUCAUCACUUACAGUAUUUAGAAUCACGUUU